CUGUUCAAGCACUGACAGCUACAAAGUUCCACCUGACACAAACUCAAAGUUGCUGACACAAAAAGCUUUGGGGAGCUGCAGGUUCCAGUUGGUUCUCCCGACACCACCUCUGCAAGAUCACUGCUGGUGGGGGAAGUACCUGACUUACAAAUGCUACAGGAUUUCAGAUGCAUGCCAGGUUCCCGCUGAAUGCCAGCAGCAGAGAUCCCUACAGAUGGAGCCCCAAAGUCAGCAUGGCAGCGGCGGCUCCCUGGUGGUGAUUCAGCAGCCCUCCCUGGACAGCCGGCAGCGCUUGGACUAUGACAGGGACAGCCAGCCCACCACCAUCUUGUCACUGGACCAGAUCAAGGCCAUCAGGGGCAGCAACGAAUACACCGAGGGGCCGUCGGUGGUGAAAAAGUCGGGUCCGCGGACGGCGCCGAGGCAGGAGAAGCAUGAGAGGACUCACGAGAUUAUACCGAUUAAUGUGAAUAACAACUACGAGCACAGGCCCGGCCACGCGGGGCACGUGGCACAUCAGCAUAACGCCAGGGCUCCCGUCCUGAGCCGAUCCACCAGCACGGGCAGCGCGGCCAGCUCCGGCAGCAACAGCAGCGCCUCCUCGGAGCAAGGGCUGCUGGGGCGCUCGCCGCCCUCCCGGCCGGGCUCCGGCCACAGAUCCGACCGGACGAUCCGGGCGCAGCCCAAGCAGUCGGCCCUGAUCGUGGACGAUCUGAAGGGGCCUUUGAAAGAGGACUUGACGCAGCACAAGUUCAUCUGCGAGCAGUGCGGGAAGUGCAAGUGCGGGGAGUGCACGGCGCCGCGGGCCCUGCCCUCCUGCCUGGCCUGCAACCGGCAGUGCCUGUGCUCGGCCGAGAGCAUGGUGGAGUACGGCACCUGCAUGUGCCUGGUCAAAGGGAUCUUCUACCACUGUUCCAACGACGAUGAAGGGGACUCGUACGCGGAUAAUCCCUGCUCCUGCUCCCAGUCACACUGCUGUUCUAGGUACCUGUGCAUGGGAGCCAUGUCCUUGUUCCUGCCUUGCUUGCUCUGCUACCCUCCGGCCAAAGGAUGCCUAAAACUCUGCCGGGGGUGCUACGACCGCGUCAAUCGUCCGGGGUGCCGGUGCAAGAACUCCAACACGGUCUAUUGUAAACUGGAGAGCUGCCCCUCCCGGGGUCAGGGCAAGCCCUCAUGAUUUUGGGAGGGAGGUUUACUUCCUCCAACUUCAGUUUUUCAGGUUGUAGCUGAUGGGUUUUUUUUCCCCUCCCCCCAUCUUUUCUUCUUCCCCCCCUUCCUCUCCCAAUUUGGGAGGACUGUUCCUUUCCUUUCUGUCUGCCCAACUUCAGACACAUGAGUUCGUCCCCUUGCAUCUUUGCUCUCCUCCUCCUACUGACUUGGCUGAGUGUGGAGCGUUUCACGCAGUCGCUGCUGCUCUUUGGUAAGUGUGGACCUGGGAUCUGCACCUGCCGCUCGCUCGGGCAGGGUCUUUGAGUUUGCAACUGAACCACUCCUGAAAGAGACAGUGAGGGCUCACUGGGCUCUUGAAGCUUCUUGCUCUGUGAAUAUCUUCCCAAAGAUGUCUUUUUUGUUUGUUGUUUUUGGUUUUUUUUUUUUUGUUCUCAGCAAGUUAUGUUUUUUUUCUCCUUAACCUCCCGGGUGCCAAGGAAGAAUAACUUCCCUGAGUGAGCUGGAUUGUGAAAUAACUUUUUGUGUGUGUUCUUUCUGGAGAGGGAUGUAAAAUAAAGGCUUCACCAAAUGAAAGGCCUGACUCUUCUAUAAGCAGCCUGCUUCUUUUUGCAUCUUUUUUUUGUUUCCACUCCCCUCUCUUUUUGUCUUAACUUUUGGAGCAUUCUCAGGUCUGAGAAUUGCCCUGCCCUUUUUUUCUUCAUUUUUUCUAUUUUACAUUUUCAAUGUAACUUCAGUUUUUGCUACACUGUGCAGAUCUUCACAUUGGAGACAUUGUGGCUGCAGCAUACUCAUAUGUUUCUUUUGCUGUCCAGUCUUUGAAGGAUAUUGCUCACUCCACCCUCCUAAUCCCGUUUUUAUAGUCUGUCAGUAUCAGUUGAUAUUAAAGUUGGUGGUGUUCAUAUAUCCAAACAGCCUUCAGGUGUCAUUGAGUCACCUAAACGUUCUUGAAUCCUUCAAGUCUCUUGUGAUCCUUUGGCUUAGUGAGUUUAGCUCUGCUCUGUACUUUAUAAUUUUAUUCUGUCCCUGUUUUAUUGCCUUAGCCACAAAUUGUGGUCCUUUUUUGUAUAUUUUAUGUAUAAAACACAAAGUUGAAUCCCAACUAUUUUUAAGACAAAAGUCUGUUAAAACUUUUUUUAUUGUAAAGAAUAUUUAUUAUGUGAAUCUCUAUUAUUUUAUGAUAUUUAUUGCAAAAGACUUCGAAAAUGUACUCAUGUCUGAAUAUAACAAAAUAUCAAUACUUAACGAAAUAAGGAUGACACGAAGAAAGUACAUAUGUUAACUAUAAUGCAGAAAAUAUAUUAAUUAAUGAAAACGCCUCUGGAGUUCUUUUGUUACAACGACAGGUUGUGAGCUACGUGUGUGCAUUGCUGGGCUGUUCCUCCUUCAGGUCUGUCAGGUGGCAAACAACCUCCUGUUGGUACUUCAAAGCCACUAGUCUGUGCUCUAGUUUAGUUUACCUAAUCUUAAGUUUAAGCCAACUAUAUAUCAAAUAAGGGAUAUUUAAUACAAUUGAAUCUGUGUUGUGCUUAACAGUGCCAAGAAAUGGAGGCUCUAUUUAUUUACCAAAGAAUUUGGAAAUACAGUUGUGGAGGAGGAAACCACAACUUCCAAGUCGUUUCUUUGUUGGUUUGGUUUUUUUUUUUAUUAUUUUUUGUUUUUUCUUAAGGAAUACCGCAUUAACAUGCAAAGCCAUUUAAAAUUUUCCUAUAUAGAACUUCCUGUCUGGUUAAAUUGUGCAGCAGCUGAAGAAAUGAAUCUUCCCAGCUGGAUUUUAAAUAAAAAACUUGGAGGCAGGAUGAAAAACAGUGAUUGUGUUGCUGUAGUUUGGUAGCUUUGAAAUCUGGGAACGUGUGUGCGCGCCUGGGCCCACGUCUGUGACUUAUUCGGUUGUUUUCCCAUACGUUUUCCAAUGUCAACUGAAUCUUCUGUCUUUAAAUUAAAGGCUCUUAAGGGUGACCUAAGUGUCACAGCUACUUGUGGCCAUUUAACACACAUUCCACAGAAAAAGCUUUUCAUUAAGAGUGAAAGGGGAGACCUCAUUCUUUUCCUUAUGUGGGUCAAGGUUACAUCACAAUUCCCCUGAACUUUGAAAGUUUUAAAUGGAUGCAGUUUCACAUGGUGUUCAGAGUAAGUGGUUCUAGAGAAGCUCCACUUCAGAACAGAGCGAUGACUUGACAAAUGUGUCAUAUCUUGCUCUUUUUUUAAGUCCUGCUGCUUUGAGUUGCCAUAUUCAAGCUGCUCUGACUCCCAGCACGGUGAUGAUUUGUAGUUAAUUCCAUGCCAGCUGAUGCAGUGUCACCGAACAGAGCUGACUGAAAAGCUGCUCUUUUAUUUAGCAGCACAGAUGACCCCUGAGAGGCACAAAGAGAAAUCAUCAUCUGAGUGCUAGACGCUUUGCAGGAUGCGGCUGGUGCUGCUCCUCUGUGUGACACAAGUGACGGGCUGGGGGGCUUGUGGGGCAGCACUGGAUGCACACGGAUUCUGCUGUCCAAGAUUUCCUGAGAGGAAGCAAAGCCAGGAGAGGAAUGUUCCCGAGGAGCAGGGACUUGCACUCCUUCGCUAUCACCGCGCGUCUCGAAGAGCGACAGCUGCAAGUGGCCCCGCGGACACAAUGGAGGCCUUGUCCGGCGCUGGCCAGAGAUGUCCACUGGUAACUGUGCGCUGACACCCGGGAACACGGAGCCAACUGCCUCGUCACAGCUGGAUCACAGCCAGCUCCCUGCUCGGGGCCUUUGCUCCAGGGGCGCUGCUUGUGCCUCCUCAAGGAAAACGUUGCCCUCUGUACCGCUGUCUCUUUUUUAUUCCAGCCAGGUGACUUAUCUGGGGGCUUGGGUUGGUUCCUAGCAGAAGAGGAGAAAUCCCAAAGGACCCACGUGUUCUCCAUCCUUUAGUGAUUGUCCUCCAUCAGGAGCUGUGUCGUGGCACUGUUUCAGAUCUCUUUUUUAAAACAAAAGCUACGCUCUAGUUAAUCAUACUAGUGCUCCCUUUACUAACCAGAUUUUGGGAAUAACCUGAGGUUGCAGCUCCUCUGGAGAAAAAAUUGAUUUGGACCUACACAGCAAAGAGAAGAAAACAGUUCCUUGCAGGUCUUACAUGGUUUUCUAAUUGCCAGGUAGAGCAGGCAGUGUUAGAAAAAUGAGGAUAAUGUAUUUUUCUCUUGGGUUAGAUGCUGUAUGCUUUGUAUUUAACAUCCAAAUAUAUCUGAGCUCACUUCCGGGUA